GGCAGGAGGGACCUCGGGGCUCCGCUCUGAACUUUGCCUGCCGCCGGUGCCGUCCUCUCCCCGGGGCUGCGCUCGGCUCCCCGCUGCCCCCCGGCCCCCCUGCCGCUCGGCCCCGCAGGAUGCAGAUCUCACCCUUGCUGGCUGGUGGACUUUUACUCGCGCUGCUCUCCGUCAGGCUGGAGGCGAAGCCGGCGUCUCAGCUCCCACAGAAGGCCUCCCGCGGGUCGGCGGCAGCGGCGGCAGCGGCGGGUCCGCCCGAGGCGGCGGAGCGGGAGAAGGAGCGGGAGAAGGAGCGGAGCGGCGGCGGCGGCGGCUCGGGCCCGCGGGAGGCGCGGGAGGCGCGGGCCGAGGCGCGGCCGCGGGCGGGCUGGGCGCGGCUGCUGCAGGACCCGCCGGGCCGCCGCCACAAGGGCCUCCACAAGAAGGGCCUGGGCAAGGGCUGCUUCGGGCUCAAGCUGGAUCGCAUCGGCGCCAUGAGCGGCCUCGGAUGCUGAGGGACCCCUGGCGGGCUUUGAAUCCGUAGUCCACUUUUUCCUACCACGCACGGCCAGACACGGCCAUCCCCCAGGCAACACCUAGAGAAGCAGAGACCCCCUUGGAAUGGACAAAAGAUGUGGUUGUGUUUUUCUUUUUGGUACGAGGAGUCAUGGCACCAACUGUUUUGGUUUUGUUAUUUUUUUAACAAGUGCUCUCUAUCUUAUAUAUAUUAUAUAUACAAACACUCACCGAGACAAGGGACAGUGCUUUUCCAAGAGACUGAUGAAGCCAGCUGUAUAACAUUGCUGUUUGUAAAUUCAUGUCAUGCAUAAAUGUAUUUAUGUUGUAAAGCUAUUUAUAUAUUGUUUAUAAAGAGAUAUUUAUAAGAAAAUUAUUUAUGUAACUAAAUGAAAAGUCAAGCAUUGUAACAUUUUUUUGUC